AAUUAAAAAACAUUUUUCUGACUUAAAAAAUUAAAAAAAAAUAUUUUCAUGACUUAAAAAAUAUUUAAACAUAUACUUUUUUCACUCUUCAAGGAAAAAAGAAGAUUUUUUUUUUGUUGAAAGGGAAAAAAUAUUAUUUACAUAAAUUUUUUUUCGUCUUCAAGUGCAUUAAAUUUUUUUAAUUUUACACAAAAUUUAAAGAAUUCUCGAAAUAGAGAGAAAAAAAUUGAAGUUGAUACAUUGUCACGAAAAUGGGGGAUGAAAUAGUGAUUACGGGGAUAUCUGGAAAAUUUCCAAACAGUGAGAAUGUACAAAUGUUGCAACAUAAUCUUUUAAAUAAAAUUGACUGUAUCACCAAUGAAAAUCCACGCUGGGAAUGCAAUAAUCCUCAUGUACCAUCACGAACCGGAAAGAUAAAGGAAAUAACGAAAUUCGAUAGAAUAUUUUUUGGUGUUCAUCCAAAAGUGAGUAAUGCAAUGAUUCCCGAAAUGCGAAUGAUAACUGAAUGUACCUACGAGGCUGUGGCGGAUGCUGGAAUAAAUCCACGACAAAUGAGGGGAAGUAAAACAUCCGUUUACACAGCCACAACAUUCUCAGAAUCGGAGAAAGCACUUUUUUACGAAAAAUUCGAGCAAAACAGUAUUGUUGGCACAAGUCGAUCGAUGCUUGCAAAUCGUAUUUCUUUUUUCUUGGGUCUAGUGGGUCAGAGUAUUAAUAUUGAUGCCAGUUGCUGCGGAAGUUUAACUGCUUUGGAACAAGCUUACCUUGAUAUUAAAAAUGGACGUUCUGAUAGUGCAAUUGUCGGUGGUGCAAGUCUAUCCUUGCAUCCAUAUCUAUCUCUGCAUAUGUCACUUUUAGGUCUAAUUUCGCCCGACGGAAAAACAAAAGCAUUCGAUAAUGAUGCGAAUGGCUAUGCACGUGGCGAGAGUAUUGUUGCCGUUUUUCUACAAAGGGCCAAGGAUGCAAAUCGUAUUUAUGCCGAGGUUAAAAGUAUAUUAUCAUUACCGGGACCUACUGAUGAUAAUUUACCGGCAUUCUAUCCGACGAGUGAAUUUCAAGCGAGUGUUUUUCGAAAAUCAUUGAAAGAUGCAAAAUUAGAGGCAAAAGAUAUUAAUUACAUUGAAGCUGAUGGCUUGGGAAUAAAGGAAACAGAUGCUCAGGAAAUAAAGGCUAUUGAUCUUGUUUUUAAUGAAGGUCGAAUGUCACCACUUCUCGUUGGCUCUGUUAAAACAAAUAUUGGCUAUUGCUCCAAUUCCAAUUCACUAAAUGCGAUUGUUAAGAUUAUCACUGCAAUGGACAGAGGAAUGAUUCCACCAAAUUUGCACUACAAGACACCAUCAAAUAUGAUUCCGGCUAUUAAAGAGGGACGAAUUAAAGUGCCAACGAACUGUAUUCCAUGGGAGGGAAAAUAUGCGGCAGUUAAUUCAAUAUCAAUAACGGGACUUGCUGCAAAUGUUAUUCUAAAAUCUUUUAAAAAAGACAAAAAAAAUCAAGGCGCACCUGAUGAUAAUUUAAUUCGACUGAUUAUUGCAUCAGGAAGUACGGAGGAAUCCGUGGCUUACGUUUUGGACCAAUUAGAAAGCAAACCUGUGGACGUUGAAAUGGUUCAACUUCUUUAUAAUGUUUUUGAAACGGAAAAUACUGGGCAUUUAUAUAAGGGAUAUACAUUAUUACCACCACGAGGUUUACCGAAAAUACGACAGAGACAAAUUGAAUAUAAUUCUGGUUCGAAAAAACAAAUUUGGUUCGUCUAUUCUGGAAUGGGUUCGCAGUGGGUUGGAAUGGGGGAAGCCCUCUUAAAAAUACCUGUCUUUGAGGCUGCAAUUCGAAAAUGUGACGCCGCUUUAAAACCACGUGGUAUUGACAUUUUUCGUAUACUGACCGAGAAGGAUCCAAAAAUGUUCGACUACAUUGUAAAUGCCUUUGUUGGCAUUACAGCAGUUCAAAUUGGAUUAACUGAUGUUCUACAUUCGAUUGGAAUAAAACCAGACUACAUAAUUGGUCAUUCUUUGGGAGAAUUAGGUUGUGGUUACGCUGACGGAUGCAUUACAGCAGAACAAAUGGUACUUUGUGCUCUUGGUAGAGGUUUAGCAUCCGUUGAAUCGGAUUUAAUAAGAGGAUCAAUGGCAGCCGUUGGUUUGUGCUACGAAGAAAUUCAACCUCUCUGUCCUCCCGAUAUCGACGUUGCUUGUCACAAUAGUGCCGAGAGUUCGACAAUCAGUGGUCCAGCUGAAUCAAUGAAGACAUUCAUCGCUGACUUAACAGCAAAAGGAAUUUUCGCUCGAGAAGUGGCCUGCGGCAAUAUUGCCUAUCACAGUCGUUACAUGGCACCUGUUCGUGAUUUAGUAUUGAAAUAUUUCAAUCGCGAAAUACCAAAUCCAAAAGCACGAAGUGACAAAUGGCUGAGUACAUCGAUACCAAGAAGUGAAUGGGGUUCACCAAAAGCACGACUCUGCUCUGGAUUCUAUCACAUGAAUAAUCAAUUGAGUCCCGUUUAUUUUGCCGAGACGGCGAAAAUGAUUCCCAAUAAUGCAAUUGCCAUUGAAAUUGCACCACAUGGAUUAAUGCAGGCCAUCCUGAGGAAAUCGUUAUCAAGUGAAGUAGUCAACAUACCAUUGACAAAGAGAGGUCAUCCUGAUAAUGUGGAAAUUCUCAUGGCCGGUUUGGGAAAAUUGUACUCAUCUGGUCUCAACAUUAAAAUUUCGAAUCUCUAUCCAAAAAUCGAAUAUCCCGUGUCUAGUGGCACACCGUCCAUAUCGUCGUUGAUUAAAUGGGACCACACCAAUGAUUGGUUUACUGAUUUCUAUGAAGAACCACAAGAAAUAAAAGAAGGAGAGAUGAAAUUCUCGAUUCAGUUGGAGAAAGACGAUUGGGAAUUUUUGAAAGGGCAUAAAAUUGAUAAUAAAAUUGUCAUACCAUCUUCGUUGUAUUUGAAACUUGUUUGGAAUGUUCUACGGGAAAUCAGUGAGGAAAGGGAUUUGAUUGUCUUUGAAAAUGUACAAAUUUUCAAGCAUCAAUUAAUUAUUCCCCAGAGCGAAGAAGUGAAUCUAGUGGUGAUGGUACAAAAAGGAACUGGUAAUUUCGAAAUUACCAACAACGAUCUGUUGUUGUGCUCGGGUAAUGUUUGUGACGCCGAUAAAAAUGCGGAAGUUUUCACAAAUAAACGAAAUAAAAAUAGCAUUUCUGAUCUACUCCAUAAAAAUGAUGUUUACGAUGAAUUACAAAUGCGUGGCUAUCAAUAUUCCAAUUUGUUUCAAAGCAUUAUUAAUUCAACGACAAAUGCAACAUACGGCAACCUAAUGUGGAAACAUAAUUGGACAACAUUUGUCGAUGGAAUAUUUCAAUUGUUCUGUCUUGGUAAUGAUGCUCGGAAAAUACAAUUGCCGGUGAAAAUUGGAAAAAUUACGAUCGAUCGUAAAUAUCAGGAGAAUCUAAAAACAACAGAAGGAAUUCCGGUACAAAUUAAUCGACAGCUGAAUGUGACGAUUGCCGGAGGAAUCGAAAUAAAAGGAAUCGUCAUGACGCCAAUUCUCUCCGAUCCAACACAGGGUGAAGUGAUUGUCGAAGAAAUACAAAAAAUCAAAACAACCUGGAACUAUUCAAAGCUAAAGAGACAAUCGCGCCUCACACAACACUGGAAAGCAAAUCAACUCGUAACAUCCGAUCCAAAUUCAAUAAAUUGGGUCGAUGGUUGCCUGGUCAACGAUCUUUCAAUAGAAAAAAUCGCCAAAGUCGAAUACUCCUCGAUAGAAACAUCAGACAUUUUGCAAGUCUUGGGAAAAUUAGUCACCAUCGAUCUUGGUUUGAAUCGACUCGAACCAAAGACAUUUGGUCUCGAAUAUUCAGGAAUCGAUUCCAAAGGACGACAAAUAAUGGGUCUAUCAUCAAACGGAACACUCUCCAAUUUUAUCUCAAUCGAUUCAAUAUUCACUUGGGAAAUACCAAAAAAUUGGAGCCUAAAAGAAGCCGUAACCGUUCCCCUAGCCUACACCGUCGCCUACAAUGCACUAUUUCUCAAAGGCGGAAUAAAAAAACAAGAAACAAUACUAAUUUACAAUGGUACAACUGGUUUUGGUCAAGCGGCAAUAAAUCUAGCCAAAAACGAACAAUCCGAUAUAUUCGUCGUCUAUAAAACACAAGACGAAAAGAAAUUACUGCAAAAAUUAUUUCCCUUUAUAUCAAUGAAUAAUUUGUGUCAUUCUUCGGAUACGUUUACAGAUCAAGUGCUAAUGAGAACCAAGGGCAAGGGAAUUGAUCUUAUCAUCUACAAUGGAAAUGAUCUGAAUAUCAUUAAAAAAUGUCUAGUUUGUACAAAAAUGAAUGCUAGAGUUGUUAUCAUUGGCGAGUUAGAAGAGGCUUUUGGAAAAUCUGUAGGAAUGGAAAUAUUUUUGAGGGAAAUAAGUCUCUAUUCGGUGAUACCGAGAAAAGUUUUGAUAGAAACGGAUUUGAUGACAAAACAAACAUUGGCUAGAAUGGUUGCUGAUGGUUUACAAUCAGGUGUUGUUAAAGUACUCUACGCCAAUUAUUACGAGAGGGAAAAUUUACAGAAAGCAUUUUUAGAUGGUAUUGACGAUAAAUUGAACGGCAAAAUUAUAGUAAAAGUCCAACCGCAAGAUUCGAACAGAGCACCAGCAAUUUCCCAAUAUUCCUGUUCAAAGAAAGGAUCAAUAUUAAUAAUCGAGGGUCUAAAUAAUUUUGGCCUCGAAUUAAUCGACUUUCUCAUUGUACGUGGCGCGAGGAAUAUAAUUAUCGCAACAAAUUCCAAAAACUCGAGACAAUUUUCCAAUUAUCGUAUGAAUAUUUGGCGUAAAUAUGGUGUGACAGUGGUAUUACGUGAUAAUUGUGAUUUCACGAAAAAGGAACAAGUAAAAUUGUUAUUAAAUGAAACGUCAAAAUUGGGUGAAAUCGAAGUUGUCUUUGAUCUACAGCGAAUGAAUGUAAAACAGAGAAAUACAAAUGUUAAUAAUUUAUUCACCAGGAAUAUUGACGAGGAAUUAAAAAAAUAUUCAAAUGGACAAAAACUGAUUAUAUGUUCAACAGCAACCGAAUUAAAGGAGAAUUUCAAUCAACUAUUAGAAAGGGAAACGGAAAUUGUCAAAUUAUGUGAGAAAUCAUCGAAAGUGCAAAAAACAUAUUUUAUUGUUUUUGGUUCAAUUGAGGGGAAUUCGGUGACGAAUUUGGAGGAACAAGAAUUAUUGACAAUUCCCAGAGCUAUUGAGGAAAUUGAUAGAAUAAUUGGAGCAAAUGUUUCGAUUGUUGGUGUAACGUAUAAAACAAUAAUUCACGAAAGUCAAGGGGACACUAAUGCUGUAACAGAAGAAGAAGAGGAUGAGGAAACAUUAUUUAAGGCCUAUUUAUAUAAAGUUGAUCCAAUGACAAAGAGUAAAUUUAAAUCACUUAAUAUCUCUUGAAAAUAUUUUCAAAAA